CACUCCGGUCUCUCCCCUCUGCCGGCCUGCCUGCCUGCCAAGCCAACCGAGCCAAUCGUUCUGACCUUCCCCGACUCUCAGAGAAAAACUUCAGAAUGUCAACUUACAGGAGCAGCACCUCUUACAGUGUGAGGUCUACCCCACCCCUGAAGACCUUCAGCAGCAGCUCCUUCUCUGGAUCAACCUCCGGCCCCUCCCGCAGGAGCUUCACUGUCAAGGGCUCCUAUGGAGCAGGCAGUAGGGGCAUGGCCUAUGGAGGAGGCAUCACCAGCUCCUCUUCCUUUGCCCUGGGCUCCAGCAUGACUGGUGGAGGCAUGAGUGGUAGUAGCAUGGGCCUGGGCUUUGGUGCUGGUAGUAUGGGCUUGAGCUUGGGCAUGGCCCCCAUCACUGCUGUGACUGUGAACAAGAGUCUCCUGGCCCCCUUGAACCUCGAGAUUGACCCCACCAUCCAGGCAGUCCGAACCCAGGAGAAGGAGCAGAUCAAGACCCUCAACAACCGCUUUGCCUCCUUCAUUGACAAGGUGCGCUUCCUGGAGCAGCAGAACAAAAUGCUGGAGACCAAGUGGAACCUGCUGCAGGGACAGACCACCACCCGCUCCAACAUCGACGCCAUGUUCGAGGCCUACAUCGCCAACCUGCGCAGACAGCUGGACAGCCUGGGGAAUGACAAGAUGAAGCUGGAGGCUGACCUGCACAACAUGCAGGGCCUGGUGGAGGACUUCAAGAACAAGUAUGAAGAUGAAAUUAACAAGCGCACAGAGUGUGAGAACGACUUUGUCCUCAUCAAGAAGGAUGUCGAUGAGGCCUACAUGAAUAAGGUGGAGCUGGAGGCCAAGCUGGAGAGUCUGACAGAUGAAAUCAACUUCCUCAGAUCGAUCUACGAGGAGGAACUGCGUGAGCUCCAGAGUCAGAUCAAGGACACCUCAGUCAUCGUGGAAAUGGACAACAGCCGUAACCUGGACAUGGACGCCAUCGUGGCUGAAGUCAGGUCUCAGUAUGAGGACAUCGCCAACCGCAGCCGUGCUGAGGCAGAGACGUGGUACAAGACCAAGUAUGAGGAGAUGCAGACAUCCGCCAGCAGAUACGGAGAUGACCUGAGGAGCACCAGAACAGAGAUCGCAGACCUGAACCGCAUGAUCCAGAGACUGACAUCAGAAAUCGAUGCUGUUAAGGGACAGCGUGCAAACCUCGAGGCUCAGAUCGCUGAGGCUGAGGAGCGUGGUGAGAUGGCAGUGAAGGACGCCAAGGCCCGCAUCAAGGACCUGGAAGACGCCCUGCAGAGAGCCAAACAGGACAUGGCCCGCCAGAUCAGAGAGUACCAGGACCUGAUGAACGUCAAGCUGGCUCUGGACAUCGAGAUCGCCACCUACAGGAAGCUGCUGGAGGGAGAGGAGGACAGGCUGGCAAACGGCAUCAAGGCAAUCAACAUCUCCCAACAGAGCACAAGCUACGGUGGUGGUUUCCCCAUGGACAGCAUGAAGAGCAGCUACUCAAGCAGUGUCUACUCCACUGGUUACGGCACUGGUGGAUACGGUAGCUCUAGCGGAUUUAGCAGCAGCGGCUUCAGCGGCGGCAGCUCUGGCGGUCUCGCUGCAUCCCAGACCAAGAAGAACGUCGUAAUCAAGAUGAUCGAGACCAAGGACGGCAGAGUGGUGUCCGAGUCCUCUGAGGUCAUCGAGGAUUGAGCUGUCUAGUCUAGAGGUGUAGCUACCUGUCUGCUAUAGUUUUCCUGUUUUAUACUUACAGUUCACCGCCCCAAGAAAACUAUCAAGUAUGAAGUCAAACGCUUGCCAGCCACUCUUCAGUAGAGCGAAAGGUUUUCAAUGAAGAAAUUAAUGAUCCUAACACUACCAAAGAGCUGAAAGGGACCAAAGAGUUUAUUUUGUAUGUCUGAUGUCUGUCUGUACUAAAAAAGUUGUAUUGUCGCAGAAAGUGAGCAGAAAGAAAUGGGCAAAUUGCAAAUAAGAAAAGAAGUUUUUUUAUAUAUUGAGCACUCCCCUGAAAUCUAUGCAACAUCUAUUCCAUUUCAUUCCAAACUGUGUUGCAUUAAACGGACCGUGGUGUCGUCAGAGGACUGUGAAUGUACUGAAACAGUGCUUGGUCAACUAAUGUCUUAACUUGCCUGCUACAGUAGGUAGUGCAUGUCUUCCCUGUGCGUGUCUUGUAACUGAAACUGUCGGACCCCUUAGGAGGCUGCCCACGUCACACUGUUGUCCUGAGGUGCUGUUUUUGCUACCAAACAAAUAAAAAUGUGUUUACUGAAAAU